UAAUCACUUAGAUCUAGUGAUCAUAUUAGAUCUAUGAUCUAGAUCUAGAAUCUAGUCUGAAGACUCUAGUCUAUAUAACUUAGUGUUAUUCUAGAUCUACUCUAAUCUAGAUCAAAUGCCAAUCCCAAACUUUAUAUUAAAAAAAUUAACACAGAUACAAGUUUAUUGAAGUUAACUCAAAAUGUCAUCAAGAUCAAAGGCAACUACAUUCUUUAGAACAACAUUUUUAAACCAUUGGAAUGUGACCAAUAUCUCAUUAACAGAUACACCAUACUAUAGAGCUAAGUUUACAUUUCCUGGAUUGUCUCAUGAAAGUUUUGACAGAGAUGGAAAUCCAAAGAUUACAAGCCUCAUGAUGACUUCUGUCUUUGCUAGAGGAUUUAUCUUAAACAAACCACUCACUGACUCUGGAGACACAUUCUUGGACUGGAAGAUCAUUACAGAAGACAGGUUCACUUUUGUCUCCUCGACGCAUUUCAAAAUGUCCAAGCAGUUAUACAAUGCAGAUAUACCCAAAUGGCCCUUAGAUGUGGAUGUCUCACUGGCAUAUGUGGGCAACUCUUCUAUGGCCAGCAUAACAUCUUUCUACAAUUCUGGUGACACGUCCGAGCCAUUGUGGUCACAAGUCAACCAGGUGGUCUGUGUGGACAAGGUGUCUAGGAAGCCAAUACCCUUCCCAGAUUGGUAUAAGGACAAAUAUAAAGAAAAAUGUUGCAUGGAUAAAGGACUUAUAAUCAAACCAUUUCAAAGGCCUACUAAAACUUACUGCAUGCCAGUGGUUGUGAGAUGGUCUGAUACUGAUGGCUAUAAUCACACAAAUUUCGCCUCUUACGUUCACUGGGUUGUCAAUGCUAUCCAUGCUUCAUUGUCAGAGCAGUCAGCUGAGGUUGCUAAAGAUGAAUCAUCUAGUUCGGCAAUGCCAUUGAUCAGUAAAGAGAUAAUCACCAAUGGUCUGAAGGAUAUUCAAAUCUGUUACCUUAGCGAGAGCCUGGAGAACCAAUCACUUGAUGUCCACAUAUGGCAGCAAGAUCAGGAGAAUCAUAAAGUUUAUGCAGCUAUUGAAAGGGGAAAAGAUGAUAUAUGUCAAAUGCAAUUAGAGUAUUUUGACACAGCUGCUGAAUAAAAUAUAAAGAUGCCAGUAGAAUGUUUUUGAUAUUGAAAUUAUAUGUUGCAUCAAUUUACUGCUCUUAUGUAUAACUUAAGACACUAUUUUGAUGUAAGAAAACUAAAGAGAACUCAGCAUUUCAUCGGUACAUAGAAUUUUACAUAAUUCAUUAUAUUACGGAACUCUUAGUAGCUUGUUAUUGUUAGUUAAUUGCAUAAAUAUGUUUACACUUUAACUCUUUCUCUCCUAAUUGACGAUGCCAAUGUUGAUUUGACCCCCAUUAAACUAAAAGGAUUUUUGGAUUUAUAAACUUUAAUUUGUGUUGUGUAAAAAGAUCCUGCCUUCCCCUACAAUUCGAUACCAAAUAUAACAUUUUCUGAUAACAAACACAAAAAUUAUUGAACUUAAUCAUAACAGGAUAGUGAAAUACAAAUGAGCAAAAUGAAUUAUUACGGAGAGAAAGAGUUAAGAAUCAGAACUCAUCUUUUUCAAAAUGUAAAAUAUUUGGGAGUCUUGUGUAGUUUAUAUUCUAUUAUUGUGCACAAGUAAUAUUCUAGUCCCAUUAGUUAUAUGUAUAUCUGUGAUACUUGUUAUUGUUGUGGCAUUAUAAUUUAUAUGUCUCAGUGUUGUUUUUUCUUUAUCUCCUAUAUUUAUUGAAAUAGAAAAACUGUUAUUUAUGUACUUGACAACUUCAAAUAGCACAAGAUUUUAACAUGCAGCCAAUAUAAAACAAAGAACAGUAUUUUAUGUAAAGGCCAUUAAAAGAUACCUGAUUUUCUCCAUAUUGAUUUGAAAUUCUAAAUAAGCUAAAAUAAGUUUUUGAUCAAUGACUUUUUGAGGGGGAGGGGGGAGAGGAGGAAAUUGUCUUUUGUAACUUCAUUGGUAGCUAGAGUUUCAAGGAAGCUAAGCAAUUUCUGCAUUCUGAUUUACAGAAAUAAUUUCUCCUGGCGUCUUCCUUGCACACUACAUUGUGAUAAUACAAUACAGGUAGAACUAAAAAUGUGGGACAUAUUGUCCCUAAAGAUGUCACUGGCUGAUUCUAUAGAUAUUUAAAGCAUAUGUAACUAACAUUAUUUUAUUUGAGAUAGAAAAAAAAGCACACAUGUAGCACUUAUAUUUAGAAUGGUGUUGAUUCACUGGCUGUCUUCAGUGGCUAUGGCUCAUCUCUUAAAGCAUUUCUUGUUGUCACUAUAAAGCCAUACUUUCAAAAGGUGUUUUCAGACUUUGCCAUCUAUAAGGCAGAUUGCCUGGCAGAUGAUGUAAAGGUAAUCUGUUUCUGUGGUCCACAGUUAAUGAGGGUGUCAUGUGGUCAGCACAAUGACCAGCUGCCUUUACUUUUCCCCAACUAAGGUCAGGUACCCAUUAGAGCUGGGUGUACCAUGAGGCGCCCAAAGAUCCCGAGAUAAAAAAUUGCAGUUUUCACCAAGAUUUGAACUUGGGACCCUUCUUCUUCUAGCCAGCUUUUUGCUGCUGAGCUGUGAGCUCUUUUGCAGAACCUGGGACCCCUUGUUCAGCAAGCACUUUACCACUCAACCACCACACAUCCUAGGUGUUAACUAAUUUUUUUUAAAGAAUACAUUCUUUUUUAUGUAACCAGUAAGAAGAAAAAUAUAGUCAGAAAUGUUUGGUGUCUAUAUGCUCGUGUGCCAUUCAGACUGUGGUAUUUAAUGGUGUACAUUUUAUAUUGUACAUUCAACCAUCUGGCAUAUUUUUUAAAUUCUUUGUGUCCUAGGUUUAAGUCCAUUCACAGCUAGAUUUUCCUGUGGUUGUGUGGUUGUUAGUUCAGAAUGUUUGUGUCUUCAAUGAAUUAGAGAGAGAAAUGUACAAAAGCUUGCUAGAUGAUUGUUUUUUUUUACAUUCCUCUAUCCAGUUUCACUGAUGUUACAAUAAACAAAAGAAUCAAAAGGGAA